UGGAGUGGGGACCCACCUUCGGAUUCUGGGGGGACCUAUUUUGUACUAAUCUAACAUGCAUCAGUGCACCGGAGGAGGUGGAGGGACUUACGUCUUCUAUUUCCAGUCUCCAUAUGAAGGAUUCAGAAUCAUAUCUCUAAUUAAGUUUCAAUCUUUCAUUUCAACUCCGAAAGAUUGAGAGAGAAGAUGGAGCCAAUUGCAAAAGUAUCAUCGAUAUUCAUCUAUCCUAUCAAGUCAUGCCGUGGCAUCUCUGUUUCUCAUGCUCCGCUUACUCCUACAGGAUUUCGAUGGGAUCGAAACUGGUUAGUUGUGAAUUACAAAGGGAGGGCUUAUACACAAAGAGUUGAACCAAAGCUUGCUCUGGUUGAGAUAGAGCUGCCACAUGAGGCAUUUUUUGAUGGGUGGGAACCGACUAAAAAGUCCUAUAUGGUAAUAAAGGCUCCUGGGAUGGGUGUGCUCAACAUACCAAUGACGAAGCCACAAGCAGUAGCUGAUGGUGUCUCAGUUUGGGAAUGGUCUGGCUCUGCAUUGGAUGAGGGAGCUGAAGCUGCAAAAUGGUUUUCAGAUUAUCUUGGGAAACCCAGUCGGCUAAUGCGUUUUAAUCCAGAAUCAGAAACUAGGCCUGUGGAUCCUAAUUAUGCUCCUGGACACAACACUAUGUUUGCUGACCUCUUUCCAUACAUGCUAAUAUCUCAGGGAUCAUUGGAUGCGCUAAAUAAGCUUCUCAAGGAGCCUGUUCCAAUUAACCGUUUUAGACCCAACAUCCUUGUUGAUGGUUGUGAGCCAUUUUCUGAGGACUUGUGGACAGAAAUUAGGAUAAAUAAGUACACAUUUGAAGGUGUCAAGCUGUGCUCCCGUUGUAAGAUUCCUACAAUUAAUCAAGCUACUGGCGUAGCAGGUUCAGAGCCAAAUGAAACUCUAAUGAAAAUCCACUCUGAUAAAGUUUUGCGUCCAGAUAAGAAACAACAGGGAAAGAUCUACUUCGGACAGAACAUGGUUUGGAAAGACAAUCUUAACGGAGGGAAAGGAAACACAGUUAAUGUGGGAGAUCCUGUUUUUGUUGUCAGGAAAGUCUCUUCUGCUGCUGAAGCUGCUGCCUGAAAAUUGUUAGAAAAUAGUUUAGACUAUUAGAAUUUCUACUAAUAUAAUUAGUAAGUUGCAGAAAAUAAGAUCUGUCUAGUAUUAACAAAGAACGUAUUUUCAUUCCAACAGUUGAUGAGAUAAAUCUGCUGUUAAUUUAUCCAGAUGCUUAUCAAUUCAUAGUAAAGCACCAGGGAGUGCUAUGAAACUUUUCUGUGGCUGA